UAGCGGCUGAACACUCAAAAUUAUAUCCGCUGUACUGUGAAGACGUCAGUUGGUAUCAACAAACAUUCUUGAAAUAGUAAUAAUAAUGGCAGAACAAGAAGCUAAAAAAGUAACUAAACCAGCAGUGGUUAAGAAGAAGAAGCCAUCAAAGCCUAAGACUCCUGCUGAUCAUCCAACUUAUAAUGAGAUGAUUCGUGCGGCAAUUGUUGGUCUGGGUGACCGGAAAGGAUCGUCGAGACAAGCUAUUCAAAAGUAUGUCUUUGCAAACUACAAAGUUGGAGAUCCUCAGAAAGCAAGAGUUCAUAUCAAAUUGGGACUUGUUCGUAUGGAAAAGUCAGGAGUAUUGCAACACACUAAAGGCAGAGGAGCAUCCGGUAGCUUCAAACUUGGAGACAGAGCUAAGGCGGCCAAGCCUAAGGCAAAGAAGCCAGCUGCCAAGAAGAAGCCAGCAGCUAAGAAACCUGCUGCGAAAAAAGCAGCCAAGAAGUCACCCAAAAAGGCUGCAAAGAAAUCCGCCGCAAAGAAAUCUCCUGCAAAGAAAGCGAAAGCAGAGAAGAAAGCAUCAAAACCAAAGAAGGCCAAGUCGCCCGCCAAGAAGAAAGCAGCAAAAAAAGCUAAAUCACCCAGCAAGAAAAAGUCUGCAAAGAAGCCCAGCAAGAAAGCAGCAAAAAAGUAACGUCUGAAAAUGACACUUGGACUUAAAAUGACAGGGAUUUUAAAGUGAACAUUCAAUUUUGCUUGACACCAAUUGCGAUGUAAAUAGGAUUUUUGAGAAGUGUAUAUAUUUUCUAUGAAGGAAAAUUAUUUCGGAUCACUAUGAUUUCUUUGACAUCAAAUGACAUUAGUCUGUUGGUGAAUGCCCAACACUGAAAGAUUGCUGAUUUGGACUUGUAGUUUAAAAAAAGAACAUACACUUAUUUAUUUGUAUAUGCUACGACAUUCUGAAAGAAUUCGUGUUUUAAAGUCUUAAAAGAACCUGAUAAAAAUCGAAUAAAUAAAUAAUUACCAAAUGAUGCCAAAA